AGCAGACACACUCUCUGCUAGGUAAGUGCUACACCUGUCUUUAUCCACAGCUCUUCUCCAGUAGGAGAACAGGGAACUGGGACAGAAAAUCCAAAGUUUUCCUUCUGAAAGAUUUACUUUUAGCCUAUGUUUCCAUUUGACAUAUUUCAAUGUUAGGUUAUGGUUUAUAAAAUUAUGUUGCUGAAUAACUAAUGUUCUUUCAGUAUUUGUUUUUUUUAUAGAUUUUCAUUUAUCAGUAUUAUAACUUUAAACAUUGUUGUGCUGAAGUGUACCCAUGUUAGAAGAUGACUGUGACUGCAGCCUUCAUGUAACAGAUUUCUGCAAAAAAUUUAUUUCAUUAAUUGCUAAUAAUGAAUUUCUCUAGUCUUACUGCAGAAUUUAAUGGCUAAUUGAUUAAUAAUCAAGAGGGAAUUUAUGGAGCAAUUCUAAAUUAGCGAUUUGUCCUUGAACAGCUUUAUUAUUUAUUUUAUGUAUUUAUCAAGCUAGUCUUAUAUAUAAAUAUAUGCACAGCAUUUUAAAAAUUAUUAAUCAAGUCAACUGUAGAUAGUGAUGUGAGAUUAUUUCUUUUUAGGAAUGAUGUCGUACCUGAAAGUUAUGAUCAUAUGGAACAUACUAUGCUUAUCCCUGGUGGUCCUAUCACUGUCCUUGAUUCCAGAGGUGUCUUCUCAAGCCACCUCCUGUGAGGGACGCUGCUUCGAAGCCUUCGAGAGGGGAAGGGAGUGUGACUGCGAUGCCGACUGCGAGCGAUACGGAAAAUGCUGCCCAGACUACGCCAAGCACUGUAAAGAGGCACACACAGAAAAGCCAACCCCAGAGACUCCCCCAGAAAACAAAUCAACAUCUAAAAGGUCCUCCACAGAUGACGAAGAAUCACCAGAGGAAGCUGUGGAAGAUCCUGAAAUCCAAGUAACUACUCCUGCCCCAACAACAGAACCUGCAGAGACAACCCCUGAGGCCACAGAGGAACCAGCGACUGAAGCUGAGCCUGUCACUCCAGAUACAGCAGAAGAUGUGACCCUUGAUGCCACAGAGGAGCCACUGACUGAAAUGGAUGUGACCGACCUGCCCCCAACACAAGACCCAACCCCUGACGCCACCGAGGCAGCAGCAACUGACACUGAGCCUCCCACCAGCCCCACGCCUGAAGAGACAACCCCAGAGGAGACAACAACACCCCCACCAGAGGAGACAACCCCAGAGGAGCCAACAACACCACCACCAGAGGAGACAACCCCUGAGGAGCCAACAACACCACCACCAGAGGAGACAACAACACCAGCACCAGAGGAGACAACCCCAGAGGAGCAAACAACACCACCACCAGAGGAGACAACCCCUGAGGAGCCAACAACACCACCACCAGAGGAGACAACAACACCAGCACCAGAGGAGCAAACAACACCACCACCAGAGGAGACAACAACACCACCACCAGAGGAGCCAACAACACCACCACCAGAGGAGACACAAACCCCAGAGGAGCCAACAACACCACCACCAGAGGAGACAACCCCUGAGGAGCCAACAACACCACCACCAGAGGAGACAACCCCCCCACCAGAGGAGACAACAACACCAGCACCAGAGGAGACAACAACACCAGCCCCAGAGGAGACAACCCCAGAGGAGCCAACAACACCACCACCAGAAGAGCCAACAACACCCCCACCAGAGGAGACAACCCCCCCACCAGAGGAGUCAACAACACCAGCCCCGGAGGAGACAACCCCAGAGGAGCCGACAACACCAGCCCCAGAGGAGACAACCCCAGAGGAGCCGACAACCCCACCACCAGAGGAGCCAACAACCCCAGCCCCAGAGGAGCCAACAACACCAGCCCCAGAGGAGACAACCUCCCCACCAGAGGAGACAACCCCCGAGGAACCAACAACACCACCACCAGAGGAGACAACCCCCCCACCAGAGGAGACAACCCCAGAGGAGCCAACAACACCAGCCCCAGAGGAGACAACCCCAGAAGAACCAACAACACCAGCACCAGAGGAGACAACCCCAGAGGAGCCAACAACACCAGCCCCAGAGGAGACAACCCCCCCACCAGAGGAGACAACCCCCCCACCAGAGGAGACAACCCCAGAGGAGCCAACAACACCAGCCCCAGAGGAGACAACCCCAGAAGAACCAACAACACCAGCACCAGAGGAGACAACCCCAGAGGAGCCAACAACACCAGCCCCAGAGGAGACAACCCCCCCACCAGAGGAGACAACCCCUGAGGAGCCAACAACACCAGCCCCAGAGGAGACAACCCCUGAGGAGCCGACAACACCAGCCCCAGAGGAGACAACCCCAGAGGAGACAACAACACCACCACCAGAGGAGACAACCCCAGAGGAGCCAACAACACCACCACCAGAGGAGUCAACCCCAGAAGAACCAACAACACCACCACCAGAGGAGCCAACAACACCAACACCAGAGGAGACAACCCCUGAGGAGCCAACAACACCAGCCCCAGAGGAGACAACCCCAGAGGAGCCAACAACACCAGCCCCAGAGGAGACAACAACACCACCACCAGAGGAGACAACCCCAGAGGAGCCAACAACCCCCCCACCAGAGGAGCCAACAGCCCCAGCCCCAGAGGAGCCAACAACACCAGCCCCAGAGGAGACAACAACACCACCACCACCAGAGGAGCCUACAACACCACCACCAGAGGAGCCAACCCCAGAAGAACCAACAACACCAGCACCAGAGGAGACGACCCCAGAAGAACCAACAACACCAGCACCAGAGGAGACGACCCCAGAAGAACCAACAACACCAGCACCAGAGGAGACGACCCCAGAAGAACCAACAACACCAGCACCAGACGAGACGACCCCAGAGGAGCUGACAACGCCCAAAGCUGAAGAGACAACCCCAGAGGAGCCGACAACUCCCAAACCAGAAGAGACAACCCCAGAGGAGCCGACAACUCCCAAACCAGAAGAGACAACCCCAGAGGAGCCGACAACUCCCAAACCAGAAGAGACAACCCCAGAGGAGCCGACAACUCCCAAACCUGAAGAGACAACCCCAGAGGAGCCGACAACUCCCAAUCCCAACGAGACAACCCCAGAGGAGCCGACAACUCCCAAACCUGAAGAGACAACCCCAGAGGACCAACUCCCACCGAAGAGACACCCCAGAGAGCCGACAACUCCCAAACCUGAAGAGACAACCCCAGAGGAGCCGACAACUCCCAACCAAGACACCCCAGAGGAGCCGACAACUCCCAAACCAGAAGAGACAACCCCAGAGGAUCCGACAACUCCCAAACCAGAAGAGACAACCCCAGAGGAGCCGACAACUCCCAAACCAGAAGAGACAACCCCAGAGGAGCCGACAACUCCCAAACCAGAAGAGACAACCCCAGAGGAGCCGACAACUCCCAACCAGAGGAGACAACCCCAGAGGAGCCGACAACUCCCAACCGAAGAGACAACCCCAGAGGAGCCGACAACUCCCAAACCAGAGGAGACAACCCCAGAGGAGCCGACAACUCCCAAACCAGAGGAGACAACCCCAGAGGAGCCGACAACUCCCAAACCUGAAGACACCCCAGAGGAGCCGACAACUCCCAAACCAGAGGAGACAACCCCAGAGGAGCCGACAACUCCCAAACCUGAAGAGACAACCCCAGAGGAGCCGACAACUCCCAAACCUGAAGAGACAACCCCAGAGGAGCCGACAACUCCCAAACCUGAAGAGACAACCCCAGAGGAGCCGACAACUCCCAAACCAGAAGAGACAACCCCAGAGGAGCCGACAACUCCCAAACCAGAGGAGACAACCCCAGAGGAGCCGACAACUCCCAAACCAGAAGAGACAACCCCAGAGGAGCCGACAACUCCCAAACCUGAAGAGACAACCCCAGAGGAGCCGACAACUCCCAAACCAGAGGAGACAACCCCAGAGGAGCCGACAACUCCCAAACCUGAAGAGACAACCCCAGAGGAGCCGACAACUCCCAAACCAGAAGAGACAACCCCAGAGGAGCCGACAACUCCCAAACCUGAAGAGACAACCCCAGAGGAGCCGACAACUCAACCAGAAGAGACAACCCCAGAGGAGCCGACAACUCCCAAACCAGAAGAGACAACCCCAGAGGAGCCGACAACUCCCAAACCCGAAGAGACAACCCCAGAGGAGCCGACAACUCCCAAACCAGAAGCGACAACCCCAGAGGAGCCGACAACUCCCAAACCAGAAGCGACAACCCCAGAGGAGCCGACAACUCCCAAACCUGAAGAGACAACCCCAGAGGAGCCGACAACUCCCAAACCAGAAGCGACAACCCCAGAGGAGCUGACCACCUUGGCAGACUCUCCCACCACCCCCAAACCUGAAGAAACAACCCCAGAAGAGCCAACAACCAAGGCAGACUCUCCUACCAGCACCCCUAAACCUGAAGAAACAACCCCAGAAGAACCUACAACCAAGGCAGACUCUCCCACCACCCCUAAAGCAGAGGAUGCCGACUCUCCAACCAUCCCUGCAGCCCCUGAGGCCAGUAAAGCCACGGCUUCUCCUAGCAGUGCUGCACCCACAACAGUUGGGAAAGACUCCCCCACAACUGGGGCAGGCACGAUGCUUUCAGAUACCACAGUGGAGAACAAGGAGACAACCACACCAAAGAAAGACAGAACUACUCUGCUUAAAGACAUUUUCACAGCUGCAACUGGGAAAGACACAGUUACUGUUGCUAUGGUGACAACAGCUAAACCAGGAGAUUCUCCUAAAGGUAUGGAUGACAUUCCAAACACAGCUCCUACAGCCAAGGAACCUGUCACUGCAGCAGCUGAAUCAGAAACAACUUCUACAGACACCAAGACUGCAAUACCAGCAGCCACAGCUCCCUUGCCCAGUUCCACUGUGUUGGUAACAACCGUCAAUGAAGAUUCAACUCCUCAGCCCAGUGAGGCUGUAACACCAAAUGAAAAAGAGUCAACUACAGACACUGAGCAGGCUGGGCCAGCAGCAGACAAAGAAAGCCCAGGUGCUACCUGUGUUAUUGUGGAGAUGACAACAGCUGGUAAAAAAGAGGAAACAACCAUUAAAGAAAUAGGCACCACACCUGAAAAAGAAAUGGAAGAUGUCACUGAAAAGGCCCCUGGCACUGCCAAAGAAGAGGUAACUACAGUUACCAAAGAAACCACAACAAGGGAUAAAAAGGACACAAUAGAAGAAAUGUAUCUUGUGUCUAAUGGGACAUCCAAGCCAACAAUACAUUUCCAGGAGAUCACUGAGGCCACAGAAGAGCCUCAUCCAAUUGAACCUGAAACUCCGCCAGCAAAAGAGCCUGAGAUAAACAAGCCUUUAAUAGAAGUUGGGGACCUGCCAAUGUUCCCUGGAGAAACACCAGAGAAGAACGACGAGAAGGACCUGUGCAGCGGCAAGCCAGCGGACGGCAUGGUGGCCCUGCCCAAUGGCACCCUGGCUGUCUUCCGAGGUCACUAUUACUGGCUGCUGAACGGCCGGAGCCCGCCGACCACCAACCCCCGCCGGAUCAGCGACGGCUGGGGCAUCCCCUCGCCCAUCGACUCCGUCUUCUCCAGGUGUAACUGCGAUGGGAAAACCUUCUUCAUCAAGGGUCCCCUGUACUGGCGUUUCACUAAUGGUGUUAUGGAUAAUGGCUAUCCCAAACCUCUUGCGACUGGAUUUGCAGGGUUAAGUGGGAGAAUAGUAGCAACCCUCCCUGUGGCAAGAUACAACAACAGACCAGAAUCUGUUUAUUUUAUCAAAAGAGAUGGGAACAUGCAGCAGUACGUGUACAGACAAGAACCAGCCAAGAAGUGUCAAAGAAGAGCCCGGGUCACCAUCAGAUACCCAGCCUUUGUCCCCAGAGUUGUCAUCCGGCGGCGCUUCCAGCGUGCUGUGCGAAUGCCGACCGUCAUCCGCACCGUCAGGAUCAACCCCCACGCCUCAGGAGUUCUGCGCAAGGAAAUCCAAAUGACAACGUACUGGAGAGGGCUCCCCAAGGUUGUCCACUCAACUCUCUCUGUGCCCAACCAGAACAAGCCUGAUGGCUACGACUACUAUGCCUUCUCUUACAAUCGGUACUACAGUUUGGAUGUUGGCAAAAGAAUAGCACGGCCUGUAACUGCUCUCACAGGAAAGACUGUAACCAAAGACUGGUACAACUGUCCCAGCAAGUGAUGCACAGCAGAGGAGUUUAAAUCAAGA